UCACUGUAAUUGAUGGUGCUGGACUGACUGGUUUGGGCUGGGACUGCAGCCUCCUUCCUAAAAUAACUAGGGCAUCAUAUCCCUAUAAAUGGUGACCUGCCUGGGCCAUUCCAGCUCUUCUCUGUGAACGGACUGCAUCUGGUGGAGGACCAUCUAACGACCCGUAAUCAUGCCAGGACUCGUCUCAUCAAUCCAGGAUAUCAUCAAAUGUUUCCAGAAAUAUUCUGAGAAGGAUUGUCACCAGAAUAAGUUGAAUAGUGAGGAACUCAACCUCCUCAUCCAGAACGAAUUUGCAGACGUCAUCAAGAAAUCAAAAGAUCCAAACACAAUUUCAAGUUUACUAGCAAUUCUUGAUGAGAAUAAUGAUGGGGAGGUGGACUUCAGUGAGUUCUGUGACCUGUUGUGCAAGGUGUUAAAGGCAUACUACAAGGUUGUGUAUGAAAAGGAAGACACGUGCCAACAGCCAGAUGAACCAAAGAAGAAUGUAGAAACAACCUCUCAGACUACAUCUCAAACACCUGAUGAGCCACCAAAAAAGAAUGUAGAAACAACCUCUCAGACUACAUCUCAAAAACCUGAUGAGCCACCAAAAAAGAAUGUAGAAACAAGCUCUCAGGCUACAUCUCAAAAACCUGAUGAGCCACCAAAAAAGAAUGUAGAAACAAGCUGUCAGGCUACAUCUCAAACACCUAAUGAGCCACCAAAAAAGAAUGUAGAAACAACCUCUCAGACUACAUCUCAAAAACCUGAUGAGCCACCAAAAAAUAAUGUAGAAACAAGCUGUCAGGCUACAUCUCAAACACCUAAUGAGCCACCAAAAAAGAAUGUAGAAACAACCUCUGAGACUACAUCUCAAAAACCUGAUGAGCCACCAAACUACUACCAGAAGCCACUGCUCCCAAAGUGUGAGAAGACCCAGUCAACCUACCAUGACCAGAAAGGCGCCUGUGCAGUUCAGGGAAUUGGAGGUGAAAAGAAUCAGAUAUGUACACAAACUGACCAAAAAACAGAAGAGAAAGACAGCACAGGAUCUCAAUCCCAAGAUUACAGCCAGGGAAAAGACCAAACAUCUCAACAAGAUCCAAAGGAGUCACAAUGCCAAGGCAAGGAGCAAACAUCUCAUGUAGACACUACAGUAUCACAAUCCCACAGUGACUCAAAUAAAGACCAAGUGCAAGGUACCACCAGCUCACAAUCUACAAAUGAUAAACAAGACCAAACAUCAAAACCAACCACCACUGGAAAAGAGCAGAUCAUGAUGGCAGAAAACACAACCACAGCAGAUCAACCUGGUUUCUACCAAAGACCUCUGUACAUACCUCCUCCACAAAGCUUUGGUGUAGAAGUACAAGCCUCAUCCCAGCCACCUUCAUACAGCCAAACCCAACAGGACCCUACACCUACAUGUCAAGAAACCCCAAAGGAGCCCCAACAGCCUCAGCAAAACAAGUUCUAUCAACACCAGCAAACCUUCUCCUUUGACAAGAAGAAACCUUGAACAGGUGGAUCCACCUGAACCAUAGAGAUGUACCCGGAAGGACCUACCCCACUAAUCACAUAAUACUCUAAGAAUCAGAUAUUUACGUGUUGCCGAGUCGCCAGUUUUCCUUUGAUUUCUUGUGCAUUUACUCAAGUACCAUUGCUAUUUACUUCAAGGCAGGAAAUGAAGGAGAGACAAUAGAAAUCAGCAUUUUAUAUAAUCAUUAUAUGGCACUGCUUAUUACAUUACUGUAUGAUUAUCUGGCAAAUAAGUAAAUAGCAAUAAAAUAUACUGAAAGCCUA